CAAUUUUAUACCUGACCUGAGCAGCGUGUCUGCAGGCUGUAAUAAGCAGCCGAGUGGAACCACCACUGCAGUUUCUCCACCUUCACCUUCAAGCUCUGUCACACAAAGAGUCCACUAAAUCUUACCCCAGCCCCCAUCAUGCUUCGAGUCAGCGCACGCCUGUGGGCUGCAGCAGAAGUUCACAGCGAUGGCGAAGGGGAAGCCUUAUCGGUACGGACUCAUAGUGGCCGGCCUCUCGGUGGUUGCCGCGGGUCUGUUCCUCAUGAUGCAGGAGCGCCCGCACAUCUACGUGACGAUGUGCGUCGUCGGGGUCACCAUGGUCUGUGCUGGGACAGUGUGGAGCCUCUGCCAGUGCUAUCCCAAGAUCGUCGUGUCGCCCGUGAUUCAGAAGGACAGCCUGGAGGAUCUGAUGUGCUCUGCCAGAGAUGAGAGGCGCGCCGGGUGUCCGCCGGGUUCCUCGGACGGCGUGGCGACGAAUGAGAGCCGCAGCUGUCCCACACUGCAUCUGGUCUGAACCCAGCAAACUCCACUGGCUGCAAAAAAACACCAGCCACUCAGGACUGAGGCCCAAUGAUGGAACCAGCAACACAAAUGUGCCAUAUAUCUACCAGAACAGGUCUCGUGCUGCUGUCGACAGGAAGUUGUACUACGUGAGUCGGUUCUGUUGUCAUGGGAAAUGAUUUAAUGAACGUGCUUUACACGCUCGUCCCAGCAGAUGGCGCUGUUUACAGCGAAAAAGAAGGAUUUGCGUUAUUAUUAUUAUUAUUCCACCUGAAGAACUGUGUGUGUGUGUGUCUGCGUGUGCGUGUGUUUUUAAAUACAUUUCCAAAAAUUG